AGACAGAAACAGUCGCACAAUACAAUUUCUUUACGAUGUUUCGGCUGCGCAUGUCUCGCGUGAGGUCUCGGCCGAUAGCUUGUGCGACGGGCGGUCCGCUACAAAAGUCUCACCAUGGCCCUCGUGCAAGGUGCUGACGACUUGUCCUCGCAGGUGCCAGACGGCUGUAGUUCAUUAUGAAGCUUCUACUGCUGGCCUCUCCGGCCGCCGCCCUCGUCGGCUACGGCAUCCGCCUGUACGCGCCCGUGUGCGCCGCUGCCUGCCGUGAGGCCAUCGCGCCCGCCCUUCUGGCCUGCUCGCGCGUGACGACGACGCCGCAAUGCAGGGCAUCCGACGCGUCCUUUCUCACGACGCUGGCCUGGUGCAUUAGAAGCACGUGCGCCGCCGAGCCCUGGGAGCUGGAAAAGUACUGGGCCGAGAAGGCGACGGGCGGCGCCGUGCCUAUAUGGACGUAUCAGCAGGCAUUGGGUCGCAUCGAGGCGCCGACUAGGACUUUCAGCGGCAACGGCGUCCUCGGCUUCACCGCGCUGGUUGACAUGGACGUCUGGACUGCCACACGGGACACUCUGGUUGCGUUUGAGCGGGCAGAGACGCUGAAUUCUCGAUUUGGCAUCAUUCUGCUCGUGGCGGCGACGGCCGUGCCCGUGCUGCUUACCGUUGCCAACCGCCUGCCCUUUUGCACGGGUCUGAUCGCCCGGCUACGGCCGCUUGUCGACCCCGCCCUCAUCGGCCGCUACCACGUCCGCCCGCUCCCGCACCAUGCCGGCAACGCACCCACGACCGGACAGGCCCUGUACGUGGGCGCGCUCGCCGUGCUGACGGCCGCACUGACGGCCUUGGGCUACACGACCACGCCGGGCAGCACGUUUUAUGCGUCGCCGUGGCAGGAAACGGUGGCGUCAGUAGGCGCCCGCACCGGCGUCCUGGCACUGGCCCUGGCCCCGCUCGUCAUCCUGCUUUCGGGCCGCAACAGCUUCCUGCUCUGGGCCACCGACUGGCCACACUCGACCUUUGUGCUGCUGCACCGCUGGGCCGCCCGGCUUUUCGGGCUGCAGGUCGUGCUACAUUCGGCGCUGGAGCUGGCGCUGUACGCCGACAUGGCCAUGCUGGACACGCAGAGAGAGGCGUUUUGGGUCUGGGGAUGCGUCGCGACCGUUGCCGCGUGUUUAAUGCUCGUGCUCAGCGUCCUGGCCGUACGCCGCCUAUCGUAUGAGGUGUUCCUGGGCCUGCACGUGGUCCUGGCCGUCGCGGUGCUGGUCGGGUCCUGGUACCACGUCGAGCUGCGGUUCCAGCGCCAGUACGGCUACGAGAUGUGGCUGUACGCAGCGUGCGCCGUCUGGGCCUCGGAGCGGCUGCUGCGGCUGCUGCGCGUGGCCAAGAACGGCGUCCGGACCGCCGAGGUAACGCCGGUGACCGCCGACGUGAUGCGCGUUGAUAUCCCUGGCAUCACGUGGGCCGGCCCGGGAAUGCACGUCUACGUCUACUUUCCGACGUUGCACUUCCGCCCGUGGGAGAACCACCCGUUUUCGGUGGUGCCGACAUCGCUGCUGGGGGAGCAGGACGGCAAGUUGUCUGCUGACACUUCGGGCAUCACGCUCUACGUGCGGCGGUCCAGCGGCAUGUCGCGCCGCCUGAGAGCAGGCGCGCUCACAACCCUGUUGGACGGACCGUACCGCAAUCACGCGACCCUCCUUGAGUGCGACCGGCUCGUGCUAAUAGCCGGCGGCAUCGGCAUCACGGGCGUCCUGGCCUUGUCGCACCCCAACGCGAAGCUCUACUGGGCGCUGCGCGAGGACGCCGUCGGGCUGGCCCGGGACCUGCAGGGGGCGCUGGCCGGCAUGGACAAGGAGGUGGGUCGGCUGGACGUGGCGGCCAUCUUGGACCGCGAGGCCGGGUGGAAGCGGGUUGGGGUGGUGGUGUGCGGGCCGGCAGGUCUCUGCGACGACGUGCGGGCGCUGGUGGCAGAGAGGGGCUGGGGGUUACAGGUGGAAGCGUACUCGUGGUGAGGAAGCGCUCGUGGUGAAGACAGUAGAUAAAUUAAUUAGCUAUUACAAGAGACUGUUGUGACUGUUACA